GUUUAAGCAAUGAACUAGAAUAAAACGGAAAAUACAAGAGUUUCUCGCACUUAGAAACUUGAGUGUUGGUUGUGGAACACGUGUAUGUAUGUCAGAGUGUCCUAAAAGGCAGCAUGUAAAGUGUAUUUUUCUCGCUGAGUAACACUCGGCUGAGCUCCCUGCACGGCCCUGAGCUCCUCACAGCUGUGAGCCUGGUCCAGGGCGGCGUUCAGAGAGGUUGUCCAAGAGGAAGGGGCUCUGGGCCAGGCAGCCUGCGUCUCACUCUCACUGGCCGUGUGACCUGGGACAAGUUGUUGGCCUCUCCGUUCCCAGUUUCCUCGCCUGUCGAUGGAGAUGUCUCCAUUCCCCGCCUCACGAGGCUGUUGCAGUGCGUUAUUAGAGGACUUUGUACAGAGCUCAGAAAUGGCAGGUGCCCGGGAGGUAGUUGACGCUCACUGUGGCUCCUGCUGCCGGAUGUUAUUGCCCGCGUCACCUCCACCCAGCCUCACCCUCAUCUUGCCAGGCUGGCUCCCGCAGGGCCAAAGUGGCUCCGGCAGAGAGGAUGAGCAAGUUCUUGAAGCAUUUCACUGUCGUUGGGGACGAUUACCAUGCCUGGAACAUCAACUACAAGAAAUGGGAGAAUGAGGAGGAUGAGGAGGACGAGGAGGAGCAGCCGCCACCAACACCUGCCUCCGGUGAGGAGGGCAGAGCUGCCGACCCGGCUGCGGCCCCUGUCCCUGCGCCCAGGCCCCCCCUAGACUUCAGGACCACAUUGAGGAAGCUGUUCAGCUCCCACAGGUUUCAGGUUAUCAUCAUUUGCCUGGUCAUUCUGGAUGCCCUCCUGGUGCUCGCUGAGCUCAUUCUGGACCUGAAGAUCAUCAAGGCUGACAAGAACGCCGUCAAGGUGUUUCACUGCAUGAGCAUUGCCAUCUUGACCUUCUUUAUGAUGGAGAUUUUUCUAAAAUUAUAUGUCUUCCGCUUGGAGUUCUUCCACCACAAGUUUGAAAUCCUGGACACCAUCGUGGUGGUGAUUUCCUUCAUCCUUGACAUUGUCCUCCUGUUCCAUGAGCACCAGUUUGAGGCUCUUGGCCUACUGAUUCUGCUCCGGCUGUGGCGGGUGGCCCGGAUCAUCAACGGAAUAAUUAUCUCUGUUAAGACACGUUCAGAACGGCAACUAUUGAGGUUAAAACAGAUGAAUAUACAGUUGGCCGCCAAGAUCCAACACCUUGAAUUCAGCUGCUCCGAGAAGGAACAAGAAAUUGAAAGACUUAACAAGCUCUUGAGACAGCACGGACUUCUUGGUGAGGUCAACUAGAUGCGCACCCGCUCCACCCCAAAGAGAAGACCCUGCUUCCACGGGCUUGUGUCUCUGAGAGCAAGACAGCUGCCUCUCCUGGGCCCGUUUCGGGGAGAGGUUUGGUUCGAUGCCUUUGCCUCACCUCCACCCAGCUUGGAUUCCGGGGUGGGCAGGUGGUAGGGGGAGGGGGGAAGGCGGGGGAAAGGCUUGCCCUUCCUUUCUUGGCGUGACCAAGAGCUUCCCAUCCCGUCCUCACUCCACGUCACCGUGUAUCAUAAACUAUAUUCUCUCAUGUUGACACUUUUGCUUGAAAAUGAACGAAGCUGGACAACUACUAGUUGUAUGUAAAAUUUUAUCUCAUCAGUGUA